CACAACUGAGUUCCUCUUGUGUUUCUUUCCUUCUGUUUCAUCAUGUCUGACAGUGAGAAGGUGAUCUAUACGGUCUUGGAGGUUUUUAUUGCUAUAGCAUGUUGUCUUGGCAAUCUGUUAGUGAUUUGGGCCGUUUGGUCGAGUCGGGCUCUUCGUAAGACCACGUUCUGCUUUGUUGUAUCACUGGCGGUGGCUGAUUUUCUGGUGGGCGCUGUGGUCGUACCACUUGCUGUGUUAAUUGAUGGACAAGUACAGACGAGAUUUUACACUUGUCUGUUCAUCAGCUGCGUGAUAAUUACUUUGACCCAAGCCUCUGUUCAUUCCCUGCUCGCUAUUGCUGUGGAUCGAUUCCUGCGUGUCUAUAAUCCUCUCAGGUACAGAGGAGCGAUCAAAAAACAAAACCUUUGGGCAGCGGUCACCGUCUGUUGGGUUUCUGCCUCUUUUCUGGGUUUUGUUCCCCUGUUUGGAUGGCACAACGAAGACCCUACAACAAACGGCACCUCGACCCUCACUUGCGAAUUUCUUGCAGUCAUUCCCAUGUCGUACAUGGUCAACUUCGCUUUUUUCGUUUGCAUCCUCCCACCAACUGUGGUCAUGUUCGUCCUCUAUUUGUAUAUCUUCUGUACGAUAUCUAAACAACUGAGAAGAGGAAUUGGUCAAGCUGCGGAGUCCAGGUCCUUUUUGCAGAAAGAACGUGAAUUGGCCAGCUCGUUGGCUUUGGUGUUGGCUCUUUUUGCUAUUUGCUGGUUCCCGAUUCACAUAAUAAACUCGUUGAGUUACUUUUACCCACUUCUAAACAUGCCGCCUCUUGUCGUUCACAUAGGUAUUCUACUUUCUCAUGGCAACUCUGCAGUUAACCCAAUAGUGUACGCUUUCAAGUUCCCAAAGAUUAAGACUGCAUAUAAAAACAUCUUGAUGAGCCUCAUAAGCAAAAAGCAAAACACCGAUCAAAGCAGCCAGAACUUGGAUAAAACUGCUACCAGCUCCAACACUAAUAUCAGGUAUAAAGUGAAAAACACCCAAGAUGGUUUGACCGUUAGUAAAGAUCUCUAGUAAUAUGCAUCAUUAACAUGAUAUACUGUAAAUGUACAUUGAUAUACAUGAUAUACAUUAUAUUACUGAUACUGAGAUAUUUCAAGCAAUACCGUAGUUUCCUGAGUAUGUCUGCAAAUAGAAGACUGAUAUCAACUGCUAUUAUUUCUGUAUUGAAGAGACAACUUGAACUUUAUCAAAAGCAUCAUCUUAAAAUUAUCACAGCAUCUCGCUGCACAUCCGUCAAACCACACAUGCUGAAUACAGCAUUCAAGAAUUGUGUAAAUACCACCCUGCUGAAACUGCAAUGUAGACAAUUUUACAUAAACAAGGUCAAUUUUGGUAUACCGUAAUAUACUAGCAGCCAGACUAAUGAUUAGCUAAUCUAGGGGCACAAGGUCUUGGUUAUAUUAGGACAUUUAAAUGGUUCUUAGAAACAAACCUUACAAGAAACAAUACUGGUGUGCAUCUUGAGACAAAACAAUGGUGCUGAUAUUUGUUAAGAUACGUCAGUGGAAAAUGUUUUUAAAUUAUGACAGCACUAACAUGCAUUUUAAUCUGAGACCAGGAUAUGACAUGUCUGGGAAACCACCCCUAAAGUUUGGAAUU